UAUAUACCUCUGCUCUGUUGUUCUAUGGCUCAUUGGAAGGAAGAUGAAAUAUUUGCAGACAAGCUAGCUCGUUUAUGUUGUGAUCAUUUCAACAAGUUGAUCAAGAAGGGAAAACCUCAAAUAGAUGGCGAGUGGACUUUGUUGGCUGCUAUUGUGCUUGUUCAGCAAAGAGGUUAAAACAUUUAAACCUAUUAUUUCUGAAAUGAAAUAACCAUUUGGUGCUAAACUAUUUACCUCUAUUUAAUACCUAUGUUUUUCGGAUAAGCAUGGCUAAUGAAAUUAAGGGAUCAACCCGGAAGGCUUGGAACAAAUCUGAAGAGUUUGCCACGCAGAUCUACAGGGUCGGAAAAUGCUAAGAGUACAACGCAUAAAUUUCUCCUGCUAAAUUCUAGUGGCCUGAGCGAAUUUCAUUCAGAUGCUUAACUUCAUUCUCUUGCUCCUAUGUUUUUUUUUAACAAAAACCCUGUUUGCGAGUGUCGACAGAUUCCACUUCGGCACGUUACAAGAUUUCAAGGCAAAGGCUUCGCAGACUUUUCUUUCUUAUAGUUUACCUCUGGGAAUCAGUUCUUUAUCCAUCGUAUGCAGGUUAAUUAUGAUUUAUUUCUUAAAUUUAUUAAUGAUAUGUAGUAGUUCAAAUACUAUAGAUGACGAUGACAACUCAACAACAAAAUAUUCCAUGGAGGUGGUUGCAAUGGGAACUGGUUCUAAAUGCAUAGGAAGAAACAGAAUGAACAAUCAAGGUAAAAAUUUGGUACAAUUGAAAGAGCCUUAUAAUUGCUUAAAAAAAUUGGAGAUGCAGACCAUAAAUUUAAAGCUGUGAAAGAGUCAUCAAAUAAUUAUUCACAGAAAUGUUGUGUUUGUAAUUGAGUAUUAUGCUAUUUAUGAGUAAUAAAGGACAUAUACAAACAAAUUUUUACGUAGCUUUUACAUGUGAUGAUAAUGUAACCAUUUAAACAAUUUUUUUAGUACAAUGUGUCUAACUUAUCUAAAGUUGUAAACCUGGUUCAACUGUGGCUCCAACUCCAGAGCAUCUUUUAUCAGUCUCUGAAGUACUCUUCUCCACUAGUAUACAGUUCUUCUUUUAAAAUUACAAUGAGCCAAAUGACUGUCACUUCCCAAGUAUUCAGUUAAGUUCAGCUUGGUUAACCCUUAAUAACCCCCAUAAGUGAUCAAGACAGAAUUUCUCCUUACAAUAUCAACACAAUAUCAAGCAGAUGAGUGAUAAGAAUAAAGACAAAUAUUAAUUAGGGGAUUAUUACCCAAUACCAAAUUCUCCAAACUAACCUUACAAUAACUUUAUGACAGUAAUUAGGUCUUGAGAAUGAAAGGGUUAACUCUUUAACCCUAAGGAGUGACCACUUAAUAAUUCUUUUUUACAAUAUUAUUACGUUGUCCUGAAGAAAGGUGUCAAGAAGACAGUAGAACAUCAACUCAGGGAAAUUGUUUGAUUUUAUAACAAAUUCUCAGAGCCAAAAUUAUAAGAAAUGUAUAUCAAACAGUGAAGAGAAUUGACAUGUGGAUCUUAGGUAUAAAAGGGUUAACCCUUUGUAAGCUAAAAUGUCCAUAUAUAAUCAGGCAAACAUGUAAUGAAAAUAUUAUAAUCAAACUUAUCAGGUUUAAGUUGUUAUCUUGAUCUUACUCCAAAUUCUCAUGACUAAUUUACAGGGAAAUGUGUGGAAGCUAAAGGGUGAAUUAUCAAUCAUAGAUCUUGGGUCAGAGUUUAAGGGUUAAUAUAGCAUGUAUCUCCGCAGGAACUAUUUUAAAUGACAGCCAUGCAGAAGUUAUUGCCAGGAGAAGUUUUCUCAGGUCUGAAUGCUAAUGAUCCUUUGUUUUAAUUCUUUUAAAAUUAUUUUUGUUUGUUUUUUUCAUCUAUUUUUGAGUCUUUUUAUAUAUUGGAUAUUUAUUUUAAUAUAUAAUUGUUGUGAAAACCAAUGUUUAGCCUUCAAGGACCAUACUUAAUAUAUUGUUAGGUGUGAUCAAUGUUUUUUUUUUCUCUCAAGGUAUCUUUACCAGCAGUUAUGGUAUGUUUAUAAAGAGGAGAAAAGUAUAUUUGUUUUCCAAGAGGAAAGUUAUUUAUGCAAGCUUAAAGAUGGAGUGUCCUUUCAUCUUUUUACUUCCCAUACACCUUGUAAGUAUUUCAUUUUUUGUUACCUGAGUCAAAUUACUUUGUACCUAAUUGAACUCUUUUUUUAUCCGUAAUUAUUUUUAGAUAAGUCUUAAACUGGGCAAAGGAUUGUUUAUUAACUCUUGUAGAGAGUUAAUAAGUUAUUUGGUUGAAUCAAACUUGAAUCAAACCUCAGUGAUAUUUAAAAGUUACCAACCAUAAUUUCAUUUUUCAGGUGGUGAUGCUUCAAUCUUUCCAAAAGCAGAAGAUGAUACUUUGGUAGUUUCAGGAUUACAAAGUCAAAGCCUUAAGUCUGGAAAGAGAAAAUGUCACUCACCCUCUGAAAUUGUCACACCCAUGGAUUCCUCAAAGAAAAUCUGUCUUGAAAAGAAAACAACCAAUGAUUUAAGCUCUGACAUUCUGAUUGAAACCUCUAUUGUAUUAUCAACUGUGCAAAUCUUUCCUCAAGAAGCUACUGGCAUGCAUAGUGGUAACCACACAAAUGAAACCUCAGCAGAAUUCUCAUUGUACCUAUCAGACUCACAAUCAAAAUGUGAUGACCUAAAAAAUUUCACCAUCAACUGUAAGGAACAAAAAGCAAAUGGAACACAAACAGAUCCUGUGAGUAUAAAUAAUUAUGAGACUGGACAUGUGGUGGCCAAUGUCAAUCAGAUACAAAAUAAUGGUAAACAGUACAAAGAUGUGCAUAGAACAGGAGCAAAGUGUGUGCCAGGAGGUGAGCAGGAUCUUCUUCAACCUGGCAUUGGAUACCAUACUGUGGGUAUUUUACGCACUAAACCAGGGCGUGGAGAUCCUACAUUAUCAAUGUCAUGCAGUGACAAAAUAAUGAAAUGGAAUGUUCUUGGUAUCCAAGGAGCUCUGUUGUCUUACUUUUUAACAACUCCAGUGUACCUGUCAUCCAUUGUGGUUGGUAUGUGCCCCUAUGAUGGCACUGCUAUGAAGAGAGGAAUCUUUGAACGCGCUUUAUCUGUAUCAUUGGACUUGUAUAGUGAAUUUUGUCAUCAUAAGCCCAAGACCUUUCAAGCAGAUGUGCAGUUUGAAUACAGCAAAUAUAAAGUCAUGGAACAGAGUCAGAGUAAAGUAUCUUCAUCCUCAACAGGUAAAAAAAGAUGAAAACUUAAUUUCUCUCACUACAUUUCAAGUAUUUCAAGUAUCGGUAAAUUUUUUUCUGCAAAGCCAAGUAGAAAAGCUGCCUUAUUUGAAGAGAUUUGACUUCUUCCUGGUGUUUCUUAGGGCGGUUUUUCACCACUCCUUUUCCCUCUUCCUUUGUGCACAUGGAGAAUUAGAGAUAGCUUGUGAGGAGGCCUUCACUUUGAAAAUUGAGGCACACUGAGGUCUAUGUAGAAGCUAAAGACAACUUGUACCACCUGGUAACUUAGUAUUAUCAACUAAGAAACUUACCCCCUUUAUCAACUUGUGCCUUGUAUUCUUUUUUCGUAACCUAAUGUGUACAAUGUUUCCAGCUGUGUCAGUUACAUGCAAGAUAGCAAAUGAGGAUUUGUAGAGUCUUGUCUGUUACAUGCUGUAUUUCCACUGAUGCUGCUGUAUUACCAGUCUUUUGCAAGAAGCUAAUAUAAAAGCAUGUUUCCUGAUUUUCCCGGAUUUUCUUCCCCUGACAAUUUCUUUUUUUUCCAAAUUUAUUACUAUUAGCUACUAUUUGGAUUAAAGAUCCCUUCUACCAUGAAAUUUCUGUUAAUGGACUUCGACAGGGCAUUACUAAAAAGAACCUCUCAUCACCAAAAGCAAGGUAAAAAAAGACCAGAAAAACUAAGAUUUCUGUACAAUUUUUCCAUGUUGUCAAGAUCAUUUAGUUUUGUUCAUUUCAUUUCAUUUUCUUCAUUUAAAAGGUAUUUAAGAAAAAAUCCACGCUUUUUUUUAUUAGAACCUGCAUUUGUAAAGCAAGUCUGUUUGAGACAUUCAAAGCUCUGGUUGGUAGCAUUCCUGUCUGGAAGCUUCCGUCCUCAUUAAGGUUAGUCCAACUAGUGGUACAUGGUACACUCCUUAAACUGAUUCGAGCUUUUAUGUAUGUAAUGGUAACUGCAUUAGCAGUAUUAAAGCCAAGGAAGUCCUUAAUUCAUAAAUAUGGUAAUUUAAAGUAUGGAAUGUUUAUUUUUUUUUUUUUUAAUUUGGUUGACAAAACUGGCACAAGAAUUCUGGUGUUGAAUAAGGAUCUGGGAAGCAACUCAUAGUGACAAGAGGCAACACUCAAGGAAGUAUCAUGACUCAGAAAUGGGAUUACUCUCUGGCUGGAUGAGCCUCUAAGUUCAUGCCUUAAGUUUAACCCUGCAACUUCUAUGAGUGACCAAGACAAAUUUCUCUCAACUAUUAAAUACAAUAUCAUGCAAACUAGUGAUGGGAUUAUAGAAUAUAUUAAUUAGAGGAUUAUAGCUAAUACAAUACAAAAUUCUCAGAACUAACAUCAUAAGAAUUUAAUAACAGAAAAUAGGGGGAAUUACUAAUGAGAUCUUGGAAGUGAAAUGGUCAACCUGUCACCAAUUUCUAUCAUCUUGAUCUUAAAAGAAAUAUGAACAAAGUGUGCAGUACACUGUUUAACUAAUAAAAUGAAAAAUUUAUUUACCACAAGUUACAUCAAAAUUAUCUGACUUUAUUUUCAGGCAAAAGAAAAUAACAAGCUACCACAAUGCAAAGAGACAAGCUUCAAUAUAUAAUGCUGUCAGGGAAAAAUUCCUCAUUGCAUUUCCAACUUGGUGCCUGAAGCCUGACAACCUAUCAAAUUUCACUGGAUCAGAAUGA